UGACUUAUGGCUUGAUAUUUAGAACGGUUCUCGAUGUUUAUAAGUUUCGAUUCAAAACAAUUUGGAUGCUGUUUGUACACACAUACGAUAAAUUAAAUCGUUUUAUAUCAUACAGAUGUAUAUUAUGUAAAUAUACCUUAUAAUAUAAGAAUAAGGUAAAGUUAUAAACGUUCGUUUGGUUUUCACUUCUUAACUUUGCGAGUAACGAUGGUGAUGGAAGAACAGCAAUCAGAUAUGGAACUAGACUCUGAGAGAGUUCCUGUUCCUCAAGUACCAAAGCCAGUAGAAGACUCCCAUGUAGAGACUGUGAACAAUGUCACAAGUAUUUCACGAAGUAAACCCAGACUUAGGAAGAAGGCAUUGCAUGCCGCAAUACUUAAGCAAAUGGAGUUUUACUUUAGCGAUGCAAAUCUAAGUAAAGAUAGAUUCUUGAAUCAUUUAAUUGAAAAUGACCCAUAUGUUGAUAUCAGUGUUUUCCUACAAUUUAAUAGAAUCCGAGAAUUAACUACGGAUGUAAAUAGAAUAAGUAAAGCUCUGCAAGCAUCAACGAUUUUAUCAUUGUCCGAAGAUGGAACAAAAGUUCAUCGUAUAACGCCGAUAAUGGUAAAAGAAAAUACAGAUGAUUGUACAGUUUAUGUACAAAAUUUACCACCAGAUGCGGAUCACGAGACGGUGCAGUCGUUCUUUUCCCAGUAUGGCCCAGUUGUGUAUGUUUCGCUACCACGGUACAAACAUAAUAGAAAAAUAAAAGGAUUCGCAUUUGUGGAGUUUGAUACACCAGAAUGUAUCCAGAAAUGUCUUAAGGCUUUCCAAAAGAAAGGAUGCGUGUUACCUUCGCACACUGCUCCUGACGAACUCUUAAGCAUUACUACUUUUGAAGAUGCUGAGAAAGGCACGACAGCGGAGGGAAGAUCGGCAAAUUCAACCGAUACCGUAUCAUAUGAAACGAACAAAUACGUGAAAAGUACCGAUGAUACAGAAGAAUUAGAAAAAAUUGAAAUUGAAAGAAACAGAAAUCUCAAAAACGACGCGGAAGAGGAACAUGCAAUUGCAAACAGUGCUUUAGAUCUCUAUGAAAACAAAAACAAAAAGAAGGCAAAGAAGAGGAAACAUAAAGACACAGAACUUGUAGAAGCAGAUGAGAUGGAGAAACAAAUAGAUUCUGGAGCAACAAAAAACAAAAAGAAAAAGCUUAAACUCACGACCGAUAUACAUAGCGACGAAACGGAACAAACUAACGAAGAGCGAAAUGAUAAUUCUUCGAAAGAUAUGCCACAAAAAUUAAAUAAACGUAAAAGAAGCGUAUCCGUAAACAAAGAGGAAACACUAGAUAACGGCGAUGACGGUGAACAAAUGAUGACUGAAGACAGUGCAGUUGCGACUGUUGAAGAACAAGAGGAUGUAAGAGAAAAGAAAAAGAAGAGGAAACGUACAAAACGAACUAAAACGGAGGAUAUUAGAUACAACGUGCAACUACAAGUAAUGGCUAAAAGAGACUGGAAAUACCUUAGAAAUAAAUACUUGGAAUUACAGAAAAGUAAAAUGAAACAACUUAAACAACAUUUGAGAAAGACUAGAUGGAACCGAUGGUCUAAUUAUGAUAAAAGUAGAUUAGAGAAAGAAGAAAAUGAGGAGACAGAAAAAAUGAGCAUACAAGACAGUGAAAGUACGAGCCGCUUUUCGUUUAGCCCAGGCGUCAUAAUUAAGAUUCAGAUGGAUAAACCAUGCACAGACCCAAAAGACUUUAAAUUGGAAUUAAAGAGAAAUACUUUUGUAAAGUAUGUCGAUGUUAAGGAGGGUUCCUUCCUCGCUUAUGUACGGUUCGAAACAGCUGACGCUGCGCAAAUGUUUGUACAGAAGUCUAAUGAAGAAAACCACAUGACGAUAUUAGAUGGAGAAGAAGAAAAACUGUACUGGGACAAAAUCUCAUGUGAUAGAGAAGAAAAAUUAAGUAAAACGAUUAAAACGAAACAAAGAGGAAGGAAUAAACUAUUGAAAAAGGCAGAGAAAGAACUUGGAAAACAUAUUAAAUUUGAUGAAGUGUAAAAAUAAAACUACUAGCGUCUUAUGAAAUAUAUUUAAUAAUUGUAUAUAAAACACAUGUUUUUAUAUUAUAAAU